GGCCAGGUUUGCGCCACUGAGCGUGCACGGUUCCGCCACAGUCCCCGAUGCGCAUGCGCUUCUUGUAAGUCUCCUCUCUGUUAGGCCACAUGCGCCGCCAUCUUGUCUUGCCCCUCAUGCGCACGCGCCUCCCCCAGCUUGUCUCAGUGCGCAGGCGAAUCGCUCCCCAUUCCCUGGGUGCGUGCGCGGUUGCCCACCCGGCGAGCGCUCUGAUUGGCCGCUGUCUGAGCAGGGGCGGGGCUAGCGCCAAAUACAAACGGCCACGGCCCGCGCGAGCUCCAGUUUGUGCCGGACCCGAAAGAGAGCAGGGAGCUCGGCACCAUGCCGUCCCAGCAGAGACCCAGCCUGGCCGAGCCCCGCCGUACCAGCCCCCCAGCCCACGUGCGAGUCUGCGUCCGCCUGCGCCCCUGCAGCCAGGGGGACCCCUGCAUCCGCGGCCUGGAUUCCCGCUCCCUGGAGAUUAUCAGUUGGAGGAACAAGAUGGAGACUAUGCAGUACCACUUCGACACCUUCUAUGGCGAUCAAGCCACCCAGCAUGACAUCUACACCGGCUCCGUGCAGCCUGUCCUGUGCCACCUGCUGGAGGGGCAGAACGCCAGCGUGCUGGCCUAUGGGCCCACCGGGGCUGGUAAGACGCACACCAUGCUGGGCAGCCCAGAACAGCCAGGUGUGAUCCCACGAGCGCUGCGGGAUGUCCUGCAGAUGACACGGGAGGCGAGCUGCUCACCUGGGGGUGAGGAGUGGGACUACUCCAUCUCCAUGUCCUACCUGGAGAUCUACCAGGAGAAGGUGCUGGACCUGCUGGAGCCGUCCCAGCAGGACCUGCCGAUCCGGGAGGACCGGGACCGGAACAUCCUGAUCCCGGGGCUGACUGAGCGGGAGCUGAGAGGCUUUGGGGACUUCGAGCGGCAUUUCUUGCCGGCCAGCCGCAACCGCACGGUAGCCUCCACUCAGCUCAACGACCGCUCGAGCCGUAGCCAUGCCGUGCUGCUGGUGCGGGUGGCACGGAGCCAGCGGGCGCCCCCCCACCGCCGCCGCGUGGCCAAGCUCUGCCUCAUCGACCUGGCUGGCUCCGAGGACAACCGGCGCACCGGCAACCGUGGCCUGCGGCUCAAGGAGAGCGGAGCCAUCAACGCCUCCCUGCAUGUGCUCAGCAAGGUGGUGGAUGCCCUCAACCAGGGGCUGUCCCGUGUGCCGUACCGUGACAGCAAGCUCACCCGCCUACUGCAGGACUCCCUGGGGGGCUCGGCUCACAGCGUGAUCAUUGCGAAUGUUGCCCCGGAGCAACACUUUUAUUUUGACACACUGAGCACGUUGAACUUUGCUGCCAAGUCCAAGCAGGUGGUGAACCGGCCCUUCACCCAGGAAACGCUGCAGGCCCCAGCUGCACGCAAGAGACCUCCCGAGGACCCUGGAGCCGGCAGUGAGGGUGCCGGCCCCGGGGCCAAGAGACCUCCCGAGGACCCUGGAGCCGGCAGUGAGGGUGCUGGCCCCGGGGCCAAGAGCCCUCCUGAGGAGGAGCCCCCCGAGGCUGAGCCGCUUAGCUCCCUGCUGCCCCUGGAGCAGCUGGACCCAAGGCUGGUGCAGCGGCUGCUGGGGCUGGAGCAGCUGGAGAAGCAGCAGGGGGGGGCCGGGCGGAGGCUGCCGCUGCUCAGCACCCCCCGGCGGGAGCGGGUGGCUCUGCUGCGCCAGCUGGAGGAGACGCGCCGCGAGCUGCAGAAGCUGAAGGAGAGGCAGAAGGAGCUGGAAGCCAUGGCGCUGCUGGACAAGGCCUGUCAGCCCAAGCCCCUGCAUCACAGCAAGGCCCCCGCCAGGGCCCGGAAACAGGCUGUGGUCCUCCCCCUGCAGCAAGUGCAGACCCCCGUUGGGCAGCAGGCCAUGCCCAGUGGAGCCGAAGGGAUCCUGGUCAUACAGAGGAACCAGUGCCAGGCGGCCGGCGCAGGGGCUGAAAACCGGGCCCCAGCCUGGGAGCUGCUGCUGCGCCCCGACCUGCUGGCGCGGAGCCGGGAGAACCUGCUGGCGCUGCUCAACCAGGGCAGUGCCAAGGAGCUGCGGGCCCUGCACCGCAUUGGGGAGAAGAAAGCCCAGCUCAUCCUGGCCUGGAGACAGCUGCAUGGGCCCUUCAGCCAGGUGGAGGACCUGCAGCAGGUGGAGGGGAUGACAGCCAAACAAGUGGCCUCUUUUCUGAAAGCAAACCUGCUGAGCGCCCUGGGCUGCGUCCCGCCCCUGCCCCCGCCCCCCGCUCAAUAA